UUUGAAUUAUCUGAAUAUUGAAAAAGAGAAUUGAUUCAGAAAUGGCUGACAACAAGGUUAAUCUUCUUCCUCAUCAUUUCCCUCAAACAUGAUGUUGUGAACCACAGGGAGUAUCUCUUGUUUAUCUUCCCAUUCCAUUUUCUCGCCUAGGUUCUCAAUCUUCCUGUAUUUCUCAAGAUAUAGAUUCCGUUCUCUCAUGAGAGUUAAUUGCUUGAUCCUCAUCUUUUGUUCAGCUUCAUUUCAUUUCUGGUGUAGCUGGAUAAUUCUCUGGAGUCUGUUUGAAAGUUCUGAUAGAGACUCCUGGGUUUGAGAGUCCUGGUCAAUAACCUCCUCCAGCUGCAAGGUGAUCUGCUGGAUUAGUGACCACAACUGGUUAUUAUUAGACAUUUCAAAUAUUAUUUCAAUCU